AGACGCAACAGAUUCACCAGCACAAGAGAGGAGACAUGCAAUGAGACCGCUAUUCUAGCUUAGACCCUUCAUGCAUUGCCUUAAAUCUAGUUUGCAUGCGUUUGAUCUAACAAAAGUUUAAAUGUAGUUUUUAGAUUCAUUGUAAGACCCUUCAGACAGAGUUCUUGUUCUUUUAUAAAGUUCCCAUGAGAUUGACUCCAGCACUGAGGAUGCGCAACAGAAUGACGGAACCUUCUCUAUGGAAAAUACGCGCUUUGGAUAUUUUCAUAUAUUUGUCAUUUGUUUCUUGGGCUUAUUCUUUCAACAUUGACUUAGAACAUCCCGUGGUGUUCAGAGGACCAAAUGCGACGUUUUUUGGAUAUUCAGUUCUGGAGCAUUUCCAUGAUAACACACGCUGGAUUGUGGUGGGGGCUCCCAGAGCAAAAUCAUCUUUCAGCAGUUCGGUUCAGUCACCCGGAGCCAUCUACAAGUGUCGCAUCCGCAACAACCCAGAGCAACGCUGUACCGAGAUGGACCUCGGAAGAGGAAAUAAGCAGCGAGAGUCUUGCGGGAAGACUUGUCAAGGCGACAGGAACAAUGAGUGGAUGGGGGUCAGCUUGGCACGACAGGACAAACCCAACGGCAAAAUUCUGGCCUGUGCUCACCGUUGGAAGAAUGUAUACUAUGAAUCGGAGUAUAUACUCCCCCAUGGCUACUGCUCCGUCAUCCCAGCCAGUCUGCAGGGCAAAUCACAGCCCCUGAUACCAUGUUAUGAAGACCAUAAGAAGACCUAUGGGGAAGAACAUGGCUCAUGCCAAGCCGGGAUCGCAGGCGUUUUUACUGAGGAACUGGUUGUCAUGGGUGCACCGGGGUCUUAUUACUGGACCGGAACAGUCAAAGUGUUUAACAUGACAUCCAAUACACACUACAACCUUAAUCAAGAUUACCUGAGUCCACGGAGAUACAGUUACCUCGGAUAUGCAGUGACUGCUGGUCACUUUUCCUCUCCGACUACCUUAGACAUUGCAGCUGGUGCACCUCAAGACAGUGGUGGUGGAAAAGUUUACAUCUUCAGAAUUGAGGGAACAUCUCUUGUGAAGACCUUUCAAGCCUCAGGGAAAAUGAUGGGCUCUUACUUUGGCUCCUCAUUGUGUGCAGUUGACCUAAACGAAGACGGACUGUCAGAUUUGCUGGUGGGAGCACCCAUGCACAGCGAGGUCCGGGAUGAAGGCCAGGUUUCUGUUUACCUCAGCAGGGGCAAUGGAGUAAUGGAGGAAGUUGAGAUAUUGAAUGGUAACAAUGCUUACAAUGGCCAUUUUGGCGAGUGCAUCACAUCUCUCGGGGACAUCGAUGACGAUGGUUACCAAGAUGUGGCAAUUGGAGCCCCUAAAGAGGAUGAUUAUGGAGGAGCCAUCUAUAUAUACCAUGGUGAUGCCACAGGAAUAGUUAACAAGUACUCUAUGAGAUUGUCUGGGCGAAACAUUAAUCCCACCCUCCAAAUGUUCGGCCAGUCAAUUUCCGGCAAUGUGGACAUGGAUGGGAAUGGAUAUCCAGAUAUAACAAUAGGGGCGUUCAUGGCUGACAGUGUGGUGUUACUAAGAUCCAGACCAGUAAUAUCAGUAGACGUCUCUAUCUUCCUGCCCAUCUCUAUCAACAUCACAGUACCGCAGUGUCAUGAAGGUCCUCAGCAUCUCAACUGCUUUAACGUCACAGUCUGCAUGAGCUUUAGAGGGAAACACGUUCCUGGACACAUAGAGCUGUUGUACAAUCUAACGGCAGAUUCAGAUAAGAGACACAAAGGUCUACCACCACGGGUGUAUUUUGCAAAUGGCGGAGAGCAGAUGGGUGUUGUGAGUCAGCGUUUCAACCUAGAAAUCAAUCGACAGCAGUGCCAUCAGUACACGUCCUUCGUAAGGAAAGAGGUGAAGGAUGUCUUUGCAGCCAUCAUGUUUGAGGCAGCCUACAGUUUAGGAAAACACAUUCUAGAUGGACAUCAGGACCACGAUCUCCCCUCUCUGACCCCUGUUCUGCGAUGGAAGAAAGGAGAGAAGAUUGCAGCAAGGAAUGAGACGUGGUUUGAGAAGAACUGUCUGUCAGAAGAUUGCGCCGCUGACCUGAGGCUUCAUGGGAAACUGCUUCUUCCUGGGCUCAGACCUCAUCUGGCACUUGGUGGAGUGAAAAACAUCUCAUUAAAUUUAACCAUCUCUAAUGCUGGAGAUGAUGCCUACGAUACCAACAUCUACUUAAACUUCUCCAGGGAGGUCCACUACAUCAACUUCUUACAGAAAGAAGAGAAGGGCAUUUCCUGUGUGCUGGUAGAGCUGGACUUCCUCAAGUGCAGCGUGGGGUUUCCUUUCAUGAGGGCGCAAACCAAGUACCAUCUAUCAGUGCUUUUUGACACAAGUCAUCUAUCUGGUGAAAAUGAGACACUGCUGUUUUUAGUACAUGCUAGAAGUGCUAAUCCAGAGCAUGAUAGCAAACUCCACGACAACACUUUGGAAUUGUCCAUACCGCUGAUGCAUGAGGUAGACACAACAAUCACUGGCGUGGUAAACCCGACCUCUUUUGUGUAUGGAAACUCAGUGGAUACAUCACGCUUCAUUCAGCUGGAAGAUCUGGACUGCAGCUUUCAGCCUCUAAACUUCACUUUUCAGGUGAUAAACAAUGGGCCCAGCAGACUUCCAGGCUCCACUGUGGACAUCAGGAUACCAAACCGGCUGGCUGGUAACGGAGCUGAUAUGUUCCAUAUCAUUGACACACAAGUAUCUGAAGGUCGAGGGAACUGCACGUGGCAUAAAAACCCCACACCCUGCACAAUUCCACAAGACAAAGAAAGCAUCUUCCACACCAUUUUUGCCUUCUUCACCAAAUCCGGCAGAAAAGUUGUGGAUUGUGACCGGCCCGGGAGAUCUUGUCUAACUAUUUCCUGCAGUCUGGGCUCUCAGGCUAAAGAAGAUGCCACAAGUAUAGAUGUGCAAAUGCUACUGAACACUGAAAUAUUACAAAGGGACAGCUCCUCUGUGAUCCAGUUUGUGACACGAGGUCACGUCCAGCUGGACGACAGAGCCAUGGAGGUAUCCAACGGACUGCCAGAGGAGAUUUCUCUGGUGUUUGAGGCCCUGCACAGUCAGGAACCCAGGGGUUACGUGGUGGGAUGGAUCAUCGCCAUCAGCCUACUUGUUGGAAUCCUCAUCUUCUUGCUGCUGGCUGUUCUGCUCUGGAAGAUGGGAUUCUUCAGGAGGCAUUACAGAGAGAUCAUAGAGGCGGAAAAGAACAGGAAGGACAGUGAUGAGAGCUGGGAUUGGGUCCAGAAGAGCCAAUGAGAUCUUGGAUUGGGUUCAGAAAAUCCAAUAAGCUGCUACCUUCACCACAGCUGUCUCUCUAGACCCAGGCCCCGCAAGCUUCCAUAUGUGGAAGAGAAGAUUAUUCUCCAGAUUUUCCGGAGGUUUGACACUUUUUUUUGUGACGUUUGAGGUGACAGUGUGGCCUGCCAGUAAAGACUUGUAGUGGAAUUCCAUUGAGCCCAACGGGAGAAGCCUCUCGCCAGCGGGACGGAAAGAGAGGAAUAGAGAGACUUCCUGAAACGGAUGUGGAUAUCGUGUCAAUACAAUCCGACGAUUAAAACCCUCAGGGCGCUGUUCAAAAGCAAAAAUCUAUUUUUUAUAAAAUGUAUUCCAUACUGUAUAGAAAAGGCUUCAAGAGUUUUUGUUUUAAAGCACUGAUGACUGACACACGCCAAAGAGAUGAUGCUAUUCCUUCAAAGUGUUCCGGUGGACAUCAGUAUUCCAAUAAGUGAUUAAAGUUGGUUUGCAAAUUGGACAUUUUGAAAAUGGCUUAUAACCUCUGUGUUCCCUCAAGUUCUCAUAAUUUACAGAGAAUACAAAGCUUAUGUCUGUUGAAAGCUUUAGUCACCAAAUGAAGUAGGAUCAAACAAGAGAACGUCAGAGAUGCAUUUAUCAAACAAAUAUAUACAUCAUCAUAACAGCUCAGUUGUUACCUGCAGACCCCUAAAAAGUAUUUAGACACUUAAAGGAAUAUUUCAAUAUCAGUCGACAGCAUUUGUGGCAUAAUGUUGAUAACCACAAACAUUUUCUUUAACCUCCUGAGACCCGUGUGAAUACUUUGUGCAUUUUCCAUUCCCCUUCUUGAUUUGUAACUAGUAGCCCCUAAGAAACAUGCAACUUUGUUUUUUAGACCAAAGAGUCUUCCUAAAAAUGUAUGUCCACAUAUGUGGACAGCGGGACUAAGCUAUAGAAAGUCAUAUAACUUUUAUCAAAUUGUUUAUUAUGUUUCCAGGAGUGUUGGUUAUUCAUGUUUUUGUGACAUUACAGACAUUACAUCAGAAAUUAGCAUAAUUAAUUCUGAUUCAUGGUAAUGAAGUAAUGGCCAGCAUCAUCCAAUCACUGCAAACCAUGUUAAAAUAGAAAUUAUGCAUUAUUAAAUUCUGAAUCUAUGUACUGAUUAUCAUUGUCUCAUGUCUGCCAAACAUGUUGAACUUUUGAUAGGAAGUUUAGAUUGAAUGUACUUAGCUGCAUUGAGAGCUAUAAGAUGAUUCCUUGCUCCCUAUUUAGUGAACGACUUAACCUCCAGUGUGCUGUCUGUCGGCACUGGUCUCAGAACAGUUCGUAAUGCACCUUAUUUUCAUCCUAACUCCAUAGAAAGCCUCUGAAAGCAACAUUUUCCAGAUUUUGGAUGCAUCCAUUGAUUCUCACUGUGAUAAUGCACAGUGAAUAUAGGAUAUUUUACCUGAAACUGAGCCUACAGUCCACAAAUGUGGAAAACUGGCAUAUCAGAUGAAACUAAAGAUUCUAAACUUUUGACUCAAACAGGUUUCAGUGUAAAAACUGAAUUAGGUUUCUUACCAGAUGUAGUUUUGUUGACGUUUCUCUCAAACACAAACUCCUCUACGAUCGCCACCAUGUUGUUUGGUCACAUGACUCAGUGCGUCGAAAGUUGAACCCUUUACUGACAGCACAGAGUCUCCUGAACUGAGCUCAGUCGGUUUAAAUGAAUUUAAAUUAUGCGUUGCAUAUAGCAAAGCCAAAAUACAAUGUUCACGCAUUUGUGUACGCGGGGUCGAACGAGGUUCAAAUCUGGGUUUCAUUGAGGCACUUACAAUGGAAGUGAACGGGCCAAUUUUUGGAGGGAUUAAAGGCAGAAAUGUGACGCUUAUAAUUGUAUAAAAUCACAUGUAUUCUUCUGUUAAAACGCAUGUAUUAUUUGAACUGUAAAGUUAAGUAAUUUUACUGUUUACGGUGUUACGUCGUCAUGGCAAUGAAGUUGUAAAAUUUAAAAUAACUUUACACAGAAAAGAUUAGUAAGUGAUUUUAUCACACUAAAUUCAUGUUAACACACAUAUUUUUGUGCUGUACUUUUGAAACAGUGAGUAUUUUAAUGUUUAUGGAUUGACCCCAUUCACUUCCAUUGUAAGUGUCUCACUGUAACCCAGAUUUUUGCUUUUUUUUUUUAUUAAGAAAAGGAGGGACGAGUCGAAAUAUAUUUUUGUAGUAAUCAACAUUGUGCAAAAAAUGCUAUCGAUUGAUCUAAACUUUUAUUUAACCCGGAAUAUUCCUUUAAGUCACAUUUAAAAAUGUCUGAAUGUUUUUGCAUUAGAUAAAAUAUCAAACUGAGUGGCAUUUAUUUUACAGAAAGAUAGCUCUAUUCAAUAUAUUUGAAAUUCACGACUUCAAACAUUUUUAUGUAUUUUUUUUAUUUUUUUUAGAUUAUAACUGCACUGGAUAAUGAGCCCACUACCAGAUUUUGAUAUUGACUAUAGUCAUUUGUAGAGUUAUACAACAAACACAUUCCAUUAAUUUGUAGACAAAUCAUGAUUUACAAUUCCACUGUAACACAAAAUGUUUUUCUUCUCUUUCAGUAUUCCAUAAAUUAGGAAUGUUGGAAAUAUUUAAGCAACUACUAUGAAAGGCCGUGCUGUAUUGUGAAGUUAGUCAUAUAGUCAGAACAUUGCUAUGCUACAAAAUAACGAUCCGCUAUGGGUGCUGCGCAGAGAUAUGGCGAAUAGCUGUUUCUAUAUUGUAUUUUAUCACCGCUGGAACGUUAUAUUGACCAAUCAGCAUUCAGGACCGAAACUGCUUGUGUUUCUGUUUUUAUAAAAGGGAUUUACAGCAUCUUCGGUAUGUUACAUCAUACAUGUCCUCCAGCUUUUAAACAAAUCCCUUGAAAAGUUCCGACAGCAUAGACCCGCUUUACGCAAUGUUUAACAAUUUGUAAUGACCUAAAAAUAGGUGGAAAUACGCAGUACAUCAAAGCUUGUUUAAAGUCAGCAUUUUGGAGCUCACUCAGACUCGCUGUCAGACUUAAUAUACAUUCUGAACUUGUCGUAUACUUCCAUACAAACAGCACAGAGCCAAAGACGUUUGUUACGUUUUCUUAUACAGAGAAUAAUUUUCCUCUCAUUUCAGAGGCUUUCUGUAAGACUCACCAUUUCUUUGAGGUCUACCAAAUGAUAAAUAGUUCAUUAUUUUGGAUGUUCUGAUAUCUGUGGAAGAAUCGGCAAAAUAAAGUUUGAAUUAUUUGAUCCAUACUCAUCACCACUGGCAUGGCAAACACCUGUUCACAUGUCCACCCUGUCACCAGUUUCUCACAUAAGUGUGUUUCAGAAAGACACAUACUUGACAUUGUAAGUGUAACGUAACUGUGAGUGUUGAAGCAGUAAAUGUUACCAUUAUCACCUAUUUUGAACAUUUUAGAAUAAACUACUGUCACUGAAUUUCAGUUUUAUAGAUGUAUUGAGAAAUAUGUUUGUUGUACAAGCUCGAGCUGUAUAUUUAUCUACUGAAUCUGCCAUUUUAAAAUUAAAAAUCACAAACAGA